AUGGAUCAAUGGAAGCAAGCGGAACACCUGGAACUUUAUGGAUUCAACCUGCCAUCGAUCGAGCAUUUGCUUCAUUUCACAACUAUCGAAACGGAGUUUGAACCGUUUUCUAUGGAGGAUCUGGUUCAACUAUGCAACGGUUUGUCCGAAUCAAUCAAUUUCGAAUCGUAUACUAUGAAAACUCGAGAAAGAUUGGAUACAGACGCAAUCAAGGAAGCACUGAAUCUCCAACAAACCACUUCUCCAGAAGUUUAUUCGAUUCCUAAUUCAAAUCUUGUCGUUGAGUUUUCAUGGGGAUCAAGAGUGUUGAAAUUGAGAAAAUGCUCCGUAUAA